GCUUCGCCUCCAUGAGAAUGAAACGCGAAUAGUAGCCUUGAGAAGUCGGUCGUCUGAACGAAAGCUGCCCCAGAACGAUUCUUUAAUCAUUCAAGUUUGGAUCGCUUCCAAAGUUAUCGUGAAAGUUAUUUCAAAAAUUUCAAUAUCAUGGAUAACAUCAAUGAUAAAAUUGAAAACAACUUGGAUUAUAGUUAUUUCAUAAAUCCUUUAUCGUCAAGAAGAAGACCUGCCUUAACUAGAGAAUUAACAAAAUUGGCUUACUUAGCUCCAAAGGAAGCAAUUUCGUUAGCCGAAGGAAUGCCGAACGAGUCCACCUUUCCAUUUGAACGUUUUGAUAUCACCAUGAAAGAUGGUUCGGUGAUGUCGUUGAAGGGAUCCACACUCGGCGCCGCUCUUCAAUACAUCCCAACCCAAGGAUAUCCACCUUUACUAAAAACUUUAAAAGAUUUUACUCUUAAAGUUCACAAUCCACCCAACUGGAAUAGAUCUGAUGUUCUAAUUACCAACGGUUCCCAAGAUGGUCUCAGUAAAGCUUUGGAAAUGUGUAUUCAAGAAGGUGAACCACUCCUUGUUCAAAAUCCUUUAUAUGCUGGAAUUGAAAUUAUUAUUUCCCCAGUUAAAUCAAAACUUCUUCCUGUUGAUCAAGACCAAUAUGGCCUUAAUCCAGAAGAAUUACGUUCAACCCUCGAAGAUUGGAAAGAAAAAUGUCUUCAAAACGAAUCAUACAAAAUGCCCAAAAUGAUUUAUAUUAAUCCAACAGGUUCAAACCCAACCGGAACGAGCAUGACUUUAGAAAGAAAGCGACAAAUUUACGAAAUUUGUUGUGAAUACAACAUCAUUAUCCUAGAAGAUGAUGCUUAUUAUUUUCUACAUUUCUUGGAUGAAUUAGUUCCAUCGUUUCUCUCAAUGGACGUCCAAGGAAGAGUGUUGAGAUUUGAUUCCUUUUCAAAAGUUUUAAGCUCAGGUCUGAGACUUGGCUGGGUAACAGGACCAAAACAAUUAAUUCAAGCUAUUGAAUUACAUAUUCAAAGUUCUACUUUACACUCAAGCACUUUAUCCCAAGUAAUCACGAAUAAUUUGCUUCAAUCUUGGGGAUUUGAAAAAUUAUUGGAACAUUUCGAUACGGUUUCAGCUUUUUACAGAGCCCGUCGAGAUAUAACUAUUGAAGCUAUGGAGAAACACUUGAAAGGACUCUGUGAAUGGACUAUUCCAGCUGGUGGAAUGUUCGUUUGGAUUAAAGUCCAUGGCGUGACCGACGUUUACGACAUGUUAAUGAAUCGUGGUUUGAAAAAGUUGAUAACUUUUGUCCCAGGUCACGCUUUUAUGGCAGAUCCAACAAAAGCUUGCAAUUACAUAAGAGCAUCGUACAGCAAAUGCCCACCAAAACAUAUUGAUAAAGCUAUCAAGAUUUUGGGGGAAUUGAUCAGAGAGGAAAGAGAACUUUUGAGAAUAAAAUUAGAAAACUGUACGUAAUUUUUAAAGGUUCGCAUCAAAAUAAAGAUGCGCUCAAUGAAAAUUAUGAAAAUUCCAUCAUCUCGGGGUGUCUUUUACGACACCCCUUAUCGUACAAAAAAAAAUACUAAAGUAUUAGAAUCCUUUCUAGGGGUUAUCACCACUUUGAUAUGUAUUAAUGCGCGUCUUUGACGCAAAACGAUAUAGAUAUAAUUUAAAUAAUAACAUUAUGCAUUCAUAUUUAUAUUUUUAGGAGAAAAUUUCAUCAUAAAAUUUAUGUGAAUCUCUGUAUUAGAUGAUAAAUAAACGCAUAGCAACACUAAA